AGAAGAGGCGCAAUUUAGACACACAAGCAGCCCCGGGCACUUGCACAACCCACUUUUUAUUUCCGUGUUACUUCCUUGUUCUGUCUAGUCUCUGGUGUUUUUCCGGAGAGAAAUAUGUAAACAGCGGUAACAUUUUUGGAUUCGACUACAUAUCAACGCGAGCGACACAAGUCUAAUCGUUUUUUUUCUUUAGAUCCCCGGCUUGCGGUUACAGAUUGGGACAGACUCGUUGAGGAGAUCAGGAGCUGUAGGACUUCUUCGCCCCAGUACUUCUCGUCGAUGGCAGACUCCCGAGAAAGAAGUAAAACGGGCGAAGAUGAGCCUCAGGGUGCAGUCGGGGGUGACGGUAAAUGUGACUAGGCGCAUGAGACUUUGAAAGGUCGUCAUCUAAAAUAUUGUCAACUAACAAACAAUAGGCUCCCGUCAGAAUCUUUACAUGCGGUCGAAGCUAGACUUCAUGUUCUCUGAUCUUUCAGCAUGUAGGCCUAGUUCUAGACUAAUUAGCGAAAUUGUGAAAACAGUCUUAGUGAGGUCGACUAUUUCAAAAAUAAACAAAUCUAGCACUAACAAUCUAGAAUUAUUUUGGCCUACACACUUUGGGCUUGGAAGUCCAUAGGAAUGUCCUCUGAGGUCACUUCACUGUAACAAAGUGUAAUACGAGGUCGGGAACUCUAGAAAGGGGCCAGAGUUGGAAUUCCGAGUUGUAUGACAGUUCAAAUACAUUUUUUUCCCGAGUUCACAGUGGUUUUGUAAGCACUGAAGUUGGAAGUCAGAGAUUUUCGAAUUCCCAGUUGUUUUGAACGCGGCAUAACUCUAACCCCCAAGUACAGUGAAGUACAAAGUCUACAUCAUGAAGUAAACAUAUGUCAACGACGAGAGAAUUAUGGAACAAGGAGCUAUUGUUUUAAGAGGGUAUGUCAUAGAGAGGAUCAGUGCAGAAAACCCAGGGAGGCAUUUGGCUCCAGAGGACCUUGGUGGCAGACCCAACGAACAAGAGGACCACCAAGUCAAAAACAUGGUACAACAGCUGCUGCUGAUCGCUGAUGACAUGAACAGAAAUGCUGAGCUACAACACCUAAUAAACAGAGUCCAGGUAAACUGUGCCCAGGAUGUGUUCUUCUCAGUGGCCAGGGAAAUCUUUGCAGAUGGUAUCAACUGGGGCAGAGUGGUCUCCCUGUUUCACUUGGCCUACAAGCUUAUUUACAAGGCACUGACACAGAACCACUUAGAAAGCAUCAAGAUGGUUAUUAACUGGGUAAUACAGUUCAUCAGGGAAAAUGUCUCCACUUGGAUCCGACAGCAAGGAGGAUGGGAGGCGGUUAUUAGCACCGUGUCACAUUGGCGUACGGUGUCGCUUGUGGCUGCAGUGGCUUUCGUGACGGUCAUGGUUUACUGGCGGAAAACACGCUGACAUCUCAGGAAGUGCCCUUGAUGAAAUCAAAGUGCUCUUAAAAUGUGUACAUUUCUCUGGGAACGGGCUAAUGUUAAACGGGUUAAUAUGUUAUGUCCUGUGCAGUAGAUUUGACUUUGGGGUAAUGGUGACAUAGUAAUCUCGUUUUAUAUGUUGAAUUGAUCUGAGAAGGAACAGUUGGUGCCUUUUGGUACAGUACUCCACACUGAGAAAGUAUUUAUUAGUACCAAUGUGAAACUGUAUUUUUCUAAAAAUGUUUUUCUAUUGCUCAAAAAAAGAACCUUGUAAAGUGUUUUAUUGAACAAUGUUUUUUGAACAUUAGAGGUUUUAUUGAAGCCCUAAUCUUCUAUUGAUUUGGAAUUAAAAGUAAGCCACUACAAUUUUUUCACAGCUCUAAAUAUAUAUUAUUUUUAUGUAUCUGAAUGGAACAAAUGUCUUUUUUAAAUUGUGGCACACAUGUUUAAUAAAAAUACUGUGUUUGAACUUU